UCAACCGGUGGUGGUAGGAGAAGCGGGACUGGAGUGUUUAGUGCUGUCGUCACUGYGCCUGAUCGUUUGACCCUGGGAGAAAGUUCUGCCACAGGGGGAAAUAUGUGGCGGAAACCGAGGGGCUGGAACAGAGAGAAUAGGCGAGGGAUACCGCGAGCGUGAGAACUGCGGCUCAGGCUUUGACCAUUCAGCUACUGGACGACAUUGUGGCUGAGAGACUGGAGGCUCAGGAGGCCAGAGGAAGAUGCUGAACCCAUGGGGGCUGUUCCUCUGCCAGCUGGYAAUAAACACGUCUUACCAUGUCAUAAAAGCCAGCCUCUGCCUGGGUGGGUCAGACAUCUUUGCGACGGUGAGCGAGAACCGCCCCGUAGGAGAGUUCAUUGCGAACCUCAGCAUCGCCGGGGACCCUACAGGAGUCAAUAGCAUCCGCUUGUGCCUCACCGGAGAGAACGCCAAUUGGUUCUACCUAGAAGGGAGAACCAUCAGGCUAAACUCAUCCAUUUUAAGAGUCCUGGAUCGAGAGCGCCAGGGAUCUGUUUUGAUGGCAGCAUUAACAUGUUAUGAAGAUGACAUAAUACAGAGUGAAUACAGGGUCAUGGUUGAGAUCCUGAACGAAAACGAUAACAAACCAAGGUUCCUUGAGAAGACUAUACAACCGCGUUACAUAAGUGAGCUCACUGCAGUCAACUCUGUAGUCUUCACCGUCAAGGCCAUCGAUGCUGAUGGAGACACCAUCACCUACAUCAUCGACAGAGCCUCGCCUGAUGCCAGCUACUUCAGGAUAGACCUGCCCAACAGUGGUAAAGUAAUCCUGGACAAGCCAUUGGACUAUGAGACCAAAACCAAGCUGCAGCUAGUCAUCUACGCUGUGGAAACCAACACCAAGGAGUGGUACAACACUUCCGCCUCUCUGACUGUGAACGUGGAGGACAGGGACGACCAUUACCCUCAGUUCCUACCGUGCACACCCAUCUCCCAGGACCACAACCACACGGUUGUCUGCACCAACCCCAUCUACGUGGUCAACAUCACAGAAAAGGACCAGGACAUAUUACUGAAUUUCUCUCCUGGUCCAAUUCAUGCCGAAGAUGGAGACAGAAGCCUUGAUACGCCUUUGCUCUACUCCAUUCUCUCAGACUAG